AUGUCAUUGAAAUACUUAGACACCGCCAGAAAGAUCCUUUGUAUUGGUCGUAAUUAUGCUGCCCACAUCAAGGAAUUAAACAAUGCCACCCCGCAACAGCCAUUUUUCUUUUUAAAACCAUCUUCAUCAGUAUUAAAGCCCGACUCUGGCCCAUUCUUGGUUCCCAAGGGAGUUAUUGUUCAUCAUGAAGUGGAAUUGGCAUUUACGUUAAACAAAGACUUGAAAAACUUGCCAUCUACUUUUUCUCCUGAAGAAGCUAUUGACAGCAUUGAAGGGUAUGCCUUGACUAUUGAUAUGACAGCAAGAAACGUUCAGGAUGAAGCCAAAAAGAAAGGAUUGCCUUGGUCAAUUGGUAAAGGGUUCGACACCUUUUUGCCAGUGUCUAAAUUCAUCGCCAAGGAAAAAAUCCCAGACCCAUACAAAGUUGAGUUGGUGUUGAAAAUUAACGGUGAAGUCAAACAACAAGAUAAAACCGACUUGAUGUUGUUCCCCAUUCAUAAAAUUUUGAGCCACAUGUCAGCAAUUAUGACAUUGGAAAAGGGAGACUUAAUUUUGACUGGGACCCCAAAAGGUGUUGGUCAAGUUAAGCCGGGCGAUAAGGUUGAAGCUCAAUUGUUGGUUAACGGUAAAGUCAUUGAAGAGAUUAAAUUCGACGCCGAAGAAAAACCAGGUCCUUACGAAUAUAAACAGAUAUAG